ACCGACCUUGAAGCACCCGCGGCGUAGUCUAUUGUCCUUUACCAAUGUCCGUUUUUCGUCGUGAGAUCUUUGAGAAGCUCGGACGCUUUAACAACGGAUGCCUUUCCUCUUUGGAAAACACGCAGGGUACCUUUGACUUUGUGUUAUCUGACUUUGCUUUAUUUGCAAGUCCAGCAGCUUACGUGGGUUGCAGAUCUGUUCGGUUGUUUCAUCUCUUUGAAAACAAGUCACAAAGUGCUACAAACGCUUUGAAAGAGGGGAAAUCCUUGCCUACCACGAGAGCAACCGUAACCUGACGAUUCCGAACGUGUGCGUGUUGCGAGCCAUUCGGGAAGCUUUUGCAAUAACCUCUGGUUCUCCUCACAGUCACUUAGUAUCUCCAACCCCUUAACAACUUUUUGAACAGGCGCCGCUUAUCAGCAGGAGAUAUACUUUCGCGGUCCACCAGUGAAAUGGAAGGAAAGCUUGCGUUCCAUGCCGGCGAUUGGCUCUCCGCUGAACACGACGGGCACGACGGGACCGCCACAGACGGAACCUCCACACACACCUGAAAGCAUGGCGCCCAAGGCGGGAGCGCAGAUGCGGCGGGCGGCCAUCCUGGCGGCCAUCUUCAUCCCGAUGACGCUGUUCAUCUUGUACAGCUCCAGCGCUAGCGCCGGCGAGACGGCCUACACGCCCUUCCGCGUGGCCGGAAACCACACGCCCAAGCCCACAAACCUCAAGACGUGGGCCACCCAAUACGACUACGUGCCCGUCUACGGCCACAAGAGAUUGACCUUGCGCUGCCAGCACUGCGCCCUGGUCAGCAGCUCCAGCCACGUGCUGGGCAGCAAAGCGGGCGAGGAGAUCGACGGCAGCGAGUGCGUGAUCCGCAUGAACGACGCGCCCACGGCGGGCUACGAGGCCGACGUGGGCCGGCGCACCACGCUGCGGGUGGUGGCCCACUCCAGCGUGUACCGGGUGGUCCGGCGCCCCGGGGACUUCAUGGUGGUGGACCCCGACGGCGAACGCACCGUCGUCUUCUGGGGACCUCCGAACAAGAUGACCAAGGACUCGAAAGCGACCGUGUACAGAUCCAUCCAGAGGAUCGGCGCCACCUACAAGCGGGUGUCGUGCUUUACCGUGGCUCCUGCCAAAAUGUACAGAUUCGACAAUCUGUUCCAGCUGGAGACGGGACGAGACAGACAAAAAUCGAACUCGUGGCUGAGCACCGGCUGGUUCACCAUGGUCAUCGCCAUCGAGGUUUGCGACCACAUCAAAGUUUACGGGAUGGUUCCACCUAGUUACUGUGGGAACAGGUCGGAAUCCAAGAAGUUGCCGUAUCACUACUACAAGCCGCGGGGCACCGACGAGUGCGUGACAUACAUGCAGAACCAGAACAACCAGAAAGGGAGCCACCACCGUUUCAUCACCGAGAAGCAAGUGUUCGGGCGCUGGGCGCAUCAGUACAACAUCACCUUUGCGCAUCCCGCUUGGUGAGACAAUUUACGGACGCUUGGAUGCGGGACGCCAUUCGCUUUCGGGGAUCACAAGAAGGAACGGUGGUCGGAAGAAAAAACAAAAACAAAAAAACAAACAGCGCCCUUCCAGGAUCACGUAGGCGGUCACCAUUUGAAGGAACCUCUUUUUUUUUUUUUUUUUUUAAAUGUGCAAUAUUUGUAUUCUUACGUAUUGAUGAUUAGGGUUGCAAAAUUCUGAGAAUUUUUCAAAUCAGAAAUUUUCCAUUGGAACGCAACAGAAAUGGACAAGUUUGGCUCUUCGAUAUACUGCACAAUGUAAAACGGAGCAAUUGGCAACAGCAGCCAUUUGACAUAGAUAGGUUUACGAAAAAAGGUUUAGAUUUUCACAUCUAUAUCGUUUCCUCAAAUUACCCUCAAUUCGCAUGGAAAGCCUCCAAUUUGUAAUAUUUCCCAAAUUCCCCAGCUUAACUUUCCACGGAAAUGUUCCGCCUCUUUGCAACUCUACUGAUGAUGCACUUGCAGGUACAUCUCAGCAAAUUAAAAUAUGGGAGACAAGUUCAUUUAUUUCAGUACUCCGACAUUAUUCAUUAAAGGAAAAUACUUUUCCCAGGGCAAAUUCACGCAUAAUUGCUACAUAAAUCAUUUCGAUUGUUUCUUGAUUGUUUGUUACGUAAUAUUCUAGUUUCUAGAGAUGGUGAAUUUAAUUUGUUUGCUGUACUUUAUAAUCAUCACAGUUAUACAUAUUAAAAAAAAAAAUCAUGAAAUAUUUCACUUUGAGUGUGUGUAGUGCAUCACUACAAUGAUUUGAACUUUUGGAAUUGAAACUACUUAACUAAAUUAAGUUCUUGACACUGUUGUAAUUUAUUGAGAUGUACCUGUAUGCUUCCCAACAUCAAGCAAGAUCACAGGACGGAGAAAAAGAAUUUAUUUGCAGAAAAAGUGCAUGCUGGCACCUCUUGAUUUGAUGGUGAGUGAUUGCGUAAUGCUGAACAUGACAGAAAAUGUUGAAAAUGUUAAAGCGACUCGUAAAGAUGUCGACGUUUUGCAGAUGACGGCAGGAUUGUUUUCCCUGUUUGGUGAAGAACUUGCUUCAUUUGCUAUACGUGUUGUUUACUUGGCGAAAAUAAAGAGAA